CUGCCUGGAAUCUACCUUUGGUCUACCCAUGGUGGUAGCACAUGACUUGCUGAUGCCAUUUCCUCUGUGUCAUGGGACUAACAGUGUUUUCACUUGCUCUGCCAAGCUCAAAAGGUUUCGGUAACCGGGACACACUUUCAGUAUCAGUUCAGCUACGAGGUGCAGGACUUCCUGUGUCAGGAUGUGGUCGGCUGCGUUUUAAGGUGUACAGUCGAGAAGAACGCAGGACAAGCAACACAGGAUGGAGAUCAUAUCAGUCUGUCUCAUGCUCUCCGCCACGCUGAGCGUCGAUCCCAACAGAUCUCAGUUUUUUAAGUAUGAACCAAUCUCUCUGAGGUGUGUGGCGAGCUCCAGCGGCUGGACAGUGAAAAGAAACACCUCCACCUCCACCUCUGAGGUGUGCACUUAUGGCUGGGGGGUCCCCGCUGAGUCCUCCUGCAUCAUCGAUAAUGCGUUCCCCACAGACACCGGGCUGUACUGGUGCGAGUCCCAGCAGGGGGGGUGCAGCCGCAGCGUGAACAUCACAGUGAGCGCUGGUGCUGUGAUCGUGGAGAGCCCCGCACUUCCUGUGACAGAGGGAGAUGAAGCGACACUUCGCUGUUCCGAGGGACAAGGCAGAGGUGAACCUACGUCAGGUUUCUCCGCUGCCUUCUACAGAAACAACGUUAUCAUCGGCACUGAUUCUACCGGACAGAUGGUCCUCCCCACAGUGUCCACGUCUGAUGAAGGCUUCUACAAGUGUGCACACCCCACGAGAGGAGAGUCACCGCCCAGCUGGCUGGCAGUGACAGAGCGGCCGACAGGUGUCUCCACCUCUCCUCCUCCUCCUCCUCCUCCUCCUCCUCCUCCUCUCAUGUCUCUGUCCAGGCUGGGGUGUACCAUCCUGCUGUUCAGCCUUUACACCGUCAUCCUCAUCCUGUGUAUUUACACGUAUCGCAGGUGGACUCGAGCUCGAGCUGACGCUAAGAGAAGAGCUUCUGAUCAUCUCACACUGGAAUAAAGAAGAAGAAGAAUCUUUACCGAUAAUGUCCGGGUCAUUUUUUAUUUUUUAAACUGCUGAUAAUAAUAAUUCUUACAGACUUUAUGUAGAAAAGUCUUGAGUUUACAUUUUGUUUGCCUUUCUGUUCUUGUAUUUGUUUGUAUCUUGCUUUUGCUUUGUCUGUCAAAGCACUUUGUAAACUUUGGACAAAAGCGUCAGCUAAAUGAACUGUAAUGUAAACUGUAUUUUUAAAGGUGCAUAUAUACAUAAAGUAUUAUUGUUAUUAUUACUA